GCAGCGUGUGGUGCAGAGAGAAAACAAACAUCAUAAGUCAACGAGAGAAGAUUUGGGAUAUUUCGUGGAUCCCUGAACAAGGAGUAAACAUGGCAAAAGAGACUGGGACAGCAAAGCCAGCCCGGCAAAAGAAAGAACCUCAGCCGCUCGUCAUCCCAAAAAAUGCAACUGAUGAGCAAAGGCUGAAACUGGAGAGGUUGAUGAGGAACCCUGAUAAACCUGCUACCGUACCUGAGAGGCCCAAAGAAUGGUCUCCAAGAUCUGCUCCAGAAUUUGUCAGAGAUGUCAUGGGAUCAAGUGCUGGGGCUGGCAGCGGAGAGUUCCAUGUAUAUCGGCAUCUUCGGCGCAGAGAGUACCAAAGGCAAGAGUUUCUCGAUGGGAUGUCCGAAAAGCAACGCUUGGAUGAAGAGUAUAAAAAAAAAUUGAUUCAGAACAAAAUGUUAGAAGAAGAAAGAACAGCAAAACGCAGAUUGAAAAGACAAAAGUUAAAAGAAAAGAAAAAAAUGUGUAAAAAAGGCAAAAAAGAAGAGAAGAAAGAAGAUAAAGAUGGACAUACAGAUCCUGAAAAUUCUGCAGAAUCCAGCGAUAAAUCAGAUUUAGAAGACCAAUAACUACAGUGUAGAACUAUGUAUUCUCCAGCUGCAACACCAUGGACUUUAUCUUUACUAGAGAGAAGGCAUUAUUUUAUAUGUUCAUAAUUAGUGCUAUAAGGGUUACUUUUUUUUAGAAUUUGAGCACAAAUGGAACAGUUGAUACUUUUUUUUUUUUUUUAAUUGCGUAAUGGUGAAAGCAAAGGACGGAUAGAGUCAUCCAAUGAAUGCAGGGUUUACUGUUUGUAAAGCUCUGUUUGAUUCUCAGGAGCAGAGGCACAUUGUUAUAUAACUCGCUGUAUGCUUGGCCUUAAACAUUUUGCAGCAGUUAAUAAACAUGAGAAAGAAAAUAAAUAAAAUAAACUCUUCAAAGUGAUGCACUUCGCCAUGUGUUUAUAUAUCACCAGUAUGUUUUGGAGAGCUUUACGGUAGGGUUAUUGAAUACAGAUGGGAUCAGAGGGCCCUGCUUACAUACAACCUAAUAUCAAUUGAUAUAUUAAAGCACUGAAAAUGCCAUAAAGUGUUUUUUUACAUUUAAAAUUUGUAUAUGUUCCACCAGCACCUCCAAAUAAAGGUUGCAAGAUAA